GUUUUGAACAUAUUUAUUGUAUAAACCUUCCUUCUCGAUCUGACAGAAAAGAAAAAGUAAUUUCAAUUGCAAAAUUUCAUAACUUGGAUAUUGAUUUUAUCGACGCGGUUGACUUCCAAGAUGAAAAAAUUCUAGAACAUUAUUUAGCAGAUAUAGGACCACGACAUAAAGCAUGUUAUGCCAGUCAUUAUAAAACUUUCGAAUUAAUUGUAUCAAAUAAUUAUCAAAGUGCAUUAAUUUUAGAAGAUGACGUAGACUUUGAAGUUGAUAUAAAAGAUUUUUUAAAUGUAAUUCAACCAUUUUUACCAAAUGAUUGGGACAUGUUUUAUCUAGGAAAUUGUUAUUGGGAUACGUCAAAUAUAAUUUAUUAUGAAGGAAAAGUUUACGGAUACAACCUUGUACUUUCUAAAUCUGUUAGUCCUGGUUGUUCUCAUGCUUAUGCGGUUUCUUUAAAAGGUGCACAAAAAUUAUUGGAAAUGCUUGUAAAUAUAACGAAACCUUUUGAUAUAGCAUUAAUUGCCUUAAUGGAUGCGAAUAAGAUAUUUUCACUUUCUUUAUUUCCUUCAAUUAUCGUUCAAUGGAAAUCUCGAGAUAAUCCAUCUGAUGUUUCUCCUGGUGCUUUAGAUAAACCUUAUAAAUUAAAAAAUUCCACUUUAGACUUAUUUGGUUACAAAAGAAUUCCGUAUUAA